AUGAACUCCUCACGGAAAGGUCGGGAAACAGUCCUGGAUAGUCUCCCAUGUUCAUUACCGACAAGACACAUCCCCGAAGACAUCAAUCCAAGUUCCAUAAGCCACAUAUUCAGCGACAAAUUAGCCAACCUAGGCGACAAAGACUUUACUACCGAUGCUAUAUGGAGAGACAUGUUCUCCUUAACCGGUACUCUGCGCACACUCUAUUCCUCAAAAGUCGUCUUGCCAGCAUGGCGAUUACUAUGUCAACAGCGAAGGACAUCAUCUUUCAAGCUCAGACCGGAGACUGCCUUUGUGAACAGACAAGGAGCGGGUGUUGCUUGGAUUGAGGUAUCGUUUACGUUUAGUAUGGGAGUACCGUUGCACGCUUUGUGUCGUGGGUAUUUGUGUCUUGUUCCGGAUGGUGGUGAUGAGGGUGAAUGGAAGAUUUGGGUUAUGGGUACUAUAUUGGAUCAGUUACCUGAUUUUGGGGAUAUUGAUCGGGUUGAUCCUAUUGAGAGUACAUCUACAAGCAAUCUUCAUACCGAUAAAACAAAUCGUUCCUCGAGCGAGGCAAGAGGAAAUCAUCAACAGACUUCACAACAGCAUUAUGACUGUAUGAUUGUCGGCGGUGGUCAAUCUGGCCUCUGCACUGCGGGACGACUACAAGCAUUAGGAGUCUCAUACAUUUGCAUCGAUAGCAACAACGAGCUUGGCGACAGCUGGAGACUACGAUAUGAUUCUUCGAAGAUCCACACAAUACGAGAGUCUUCUCAUUUGCCAUUCGAAAGGACGUUUACCCCUGAUUACCCCCAGUGGUUGACAAAAGACGACCUGGCAGACGCCUUCAAGGCAUGGAGUGAAAGAUACGGACUUACCCCUCAUAUCUGGCUCUCAACCACCCUGAAAUCCGGAUCAUGGGACGAAUCAACGAAGAUAUGGACUUUGGAACUACGAAGACGACAACCUGAUUCAGAUAGAUUGAAACUCAUCACGGUCACGAGCUCACAUGUUGUUUUGGCUAUUGGUAUCAACUCGCAAAUACCUUGGUUUCCGGAGUAUGCAAAUAAGUUCCAAUUUCAAGGUACAGUAAUGCAUUCCAAGGAUUACAAAAACGCAUCCAAGUGGAAAGGGAAGCAUGGCGUUGUGGUGGGUACCGCGAAUACAGGGCAUGACGUCGCUGAGGAUAUGGUCAAAGCUGGACUGGCUUCGGUCACUAUCGUCCAACGUAACAAGACUUACGUGAUAUCUCAGUCUGCAUACCAGAAACACGCAAUAACACAAUACAACACCGAAACAGACAUGAACACCGCUGAUAUCAAAUGCUUCGCCUAUCCCAACGCUCUCAGCCGUAGACUAGGACUACUCGCAAACCACUUACAAUAUACCACUCAACCAGAUCUAUACUCUGACUUGGUAAAAGCCGGCUUUCUACUUGAGCAAGAUGAUGAUCUUACGCGACACAUUUGUGAACGUCUUGGAGGACAUUAUAUGGAUAUAGGGGCAUCGAAAAAGAUUGCUGACGGAUUUAUAAAAAUGAAAACUAGUUCAUUGCCGGUGUCGUACACUAACACCGGCGUUCUAUUCGCAGAUGGCAGCCACCUGAAAGCAGACGUACUCGUUUUCGCUACGGGGUUUGUGGGUAAUAUGCGUGAUACAGUUCAUCAAAUUUUUGGGGAUGAAGUCGCAGACAGAGCAAGUGAUUGCUGGGGUGUUAAUGAUGAGGGUGAAAUCAAAGGCGCGUUUAUGCCUCUUGGACAACCAGGUCUUUGGUAUAUGGGUGGUGGACUCAACCAUGCAAGAUUUUACUCACGCUAUAUUGCUAUGCAGAUCAAGGCUGCGCUUGAAGGGAAGGGUUUCCCUGUCUUUGAUGGUAACGGACAAGAGACUCUAUCAAAACUUUGA